GUUGAUACCAUUCAUGGAGCUCGGUCGGAUGUUAAUACUACCACGACUGCUUCUGCCAAGGGGAGACCAGCUCUGACUCGUGUUUCCUUACUUCUUCCAUCCCAUUUCCAUGUCCAUACUCCAACAAACCAUUCCCAAUUUACAAUCCAUAAUAAUAUCAUCCCAAAUCCCAAAGGCGGACGAGCAUUUUCUGCCUUUUGCAGCACGUCCUUCUAACCUUCCAACUCUUCUUUCACACUUUUCUUGCCUAUCCAUCCCCCACUCAUUCACUCUCUUAUUACACAUAAUUUUGCCACCGAGGUGGACAGUUCGUUUGCCACUACUCGUCGAGAAAUAUCAGUCACAAGAGUCUCAUUUUUCACACAGUCACACUACUCAACAAAUUGCUGGGCUAGUAACGAUGACGGCAAGAAGAAGAGGAGUCCGUUCAUUAGUUUGGUUUUUACAUAUCAGCAUUGUCGAAAUUGUCGUUAUCUGAACAAGAUUCACAAGCCGGUCCCCUGUUGUGUUGUGAGACCAGUGGACGUGCUGGAUGAUAUUGUGCUCGAAUUGACGUUAAAAGCAGGGAACGUGAGAAAUUCUUGUUUCGCUCCGGUCCUGCGGAUGCAGGAAUAUCAGUGAAUGUGUAAUUUGUUAAUAGCCGGACGAAGAGUGUUGGUUGUCGAGGUCCUGAGCGAGAGGAGGCAUAAGCCGGAGACACGACUAUAAGCACUGAAUAUUGUAACAAGUGUUUGGACGAGUUAUGUAUGUGCUCUGGCUGAAUUGUGUGGUGAGAUUUUCCAUGAUAUAACUUUGUCUUUGUUGGACUGAAUGGAUGUUGGUUGGCUCUGGUUGACAAUUGCAUCCUGUUAACGAGCAGCACCAAAAAGUUUGUACAUGUAAAAAAUCCUCUCCAUCUCCAACACACAAAGUUACGUAUGCUUACAUACACAGUGUGUGCGACUGUGAAAAGGAGUAUGCUCAGGACGUAUGUGGGAUGCAUGUGUAAAAAAAAUUUGAAAUCACUUCUGUGUGUUCUUAUACUUUAGUCACUGUCACGGCCGGGUGUGUCUAAUUUCCAACUACAUGGAUACAUUUGAAUCAGUUUCCCAUUACUUUGUGCUGAGGGCAAUUCAUCUUUAUCCUGUUGCAGGACGACCAGUUCCAGUCACAAUCAACAAUUUUGGAAGAAUCGCUUUUUAAGUGGUACAUUCAUUCCUUCGCCUCCUCCUCAUCUUUUUUGGUCUUGAGCAACAACAGCACAUUUAUUUUCGUGUGUGCUCAUUUCAUCAACGCCAUCCAUACGCUUCUGGACAGAUUUCUUGUUUUGGGAACUCAAGUGGAGUGAAAACGUGUCUAACAACAUUACUUGCUUGUGUGCAAAAAAGUGUUACAUUUAUGACGGCCCAAAACUAGAUUUCAACAUUCUUCAUCGUCCUGGAUUGGUUUAUACGUAGGUAUAGAUACAUGUCCCAUGUAUAUUUAUAUGGACGCUACUCCUGAGCUGCCUGUCAUGAUGAGAUUCCUGUCUAUCUUUCUCCUGUUUGUAUCGUCGGGUCGUCGGAUGGGACAAAUGAGACAGGAGAGAAACUCUGAUCUGUUCUCGCAUUGAACUGUACUCCACAAAAAUCUGUCAGUGUGUUGUCGUAGUUUAGCAGCCACAUACUCUCAUAGAUACGUUGAUAAGUAUAGUUAGUAAUACUUCGUUUUUCUCCAUACUGAACAUUUAAAGGGCGUGAGAUGGGAGACCGUGCACGCCGCUCACGAGACGGGGCUUGUUCCCGAUACUCUAUCGACACGCUAUUUCCGGGAUUGAGCAACAACCAUAACUCUUCGACGACUCAAAGUUCCAACAACUCGACAACAAAUCCUUCUUCCGUGGAUCAAAUGGAAAUGGAAAGAGAAACAGAUGGAUUAAUAUCUACUCAGCCCAGCAUUCACCAAAACAUUCUUGGAGGGGACGACACAUGUCGAAAAACUGACCUUGACCGGAUGUGUGUGAGUGGUGACGCCGGUGGAGGUGAGGAAGAACCACAACAAACAUGCAGUACCAGCAGCAGUACAACUCGAAGUGGUGCUGCUGUUGGAGGCCUUUUGAGCAAAGGAGGAAGAAACAAGCCCGUGUGGGGAAUGGAGUGUCGAAGUGGAGCCGGGUCCAAGAGAAAGUCCGGGAGCCCGUUAAAGCCCACAACGCAACCAAAACAGCAAAUGCAUCCUCCAACAGGACUCACAAAGCUGUCACGGAAGGAGAUGUUCCAAGUGUUCCAACCCUGGGUCCUCUCAACUUAUGGAGAUUCGGCCAAGACCAAGACAAUCACCAAGAAGAAAUACAAUAGAAUUGUGAGGACGCUGAAAGGAGAGGAGAUAAAUAACGCAGAAAACUCAAAGUUCAGGUUCUGGGUUAAAGCCAAAGGAUUUCAUAUUGGACCACCGUCUGGGCAGCUUUGUGUGAAGGACGAGCGUGGCACACUACAACAUCUUGUCCCGAAUGAGCCUGAUCUCUACGUCCCCACUUCGGUCAAGGAUGGCUCCGGUUUGGACAAGCCAAUUUUCAAGCGUGUCGCUGUCGUAGAAUAUUUCUUUGAUAUCAUCUACAUGGUUCAUGUUGAAACCGAAGCAAAGAAUGGGAAGCAUGCAGGACAGAAGCGUACGUAUAGAGCGAUCACGGAAAAGUACGCAUUUCUUCCACGAGAAGCCGUAACCAAGUUUCUACUCCAGUGCACCGAAUGUCAGAAGCGAGGGAGCCCUGGGAUCGAAUCGACAAGCACGGGAAGUAGUGGGGGCAGCCUGAGUAAAAUUUUUGCAGUUGACAGGUCUCUUUCACCUCUCAGCCCAAUUGCCACGGAUCCCGCGAGCACGCCACCGAUCUCCUCCUACUCUGAAAAGAGUCCACCGUCAGAGUUUGAUAUUAAUUUCAGCAGCCUUCCCUUCUCAACAACAACAACGAGAAGGACGCUGCUGCCAAGCUACCUGGCGCAUGAUGAGUUUGCUGAGGAGAGGAAACAAAGCAGCACAUACGGCGGCGGAGAUGGAUCUACGCAAGAUGAGCAUGUUGAUGAGUUGCUCGCGAUUGAGAGGAAGGAGCGUAAUCGAAUGGUGAAAAUGUCUCACUCCUCGAGCCGGAAGAAACUGGUGCCCUCCAAAGUGAAGGUGAAAGCAAGAGGCCCCACAAGUCGGGAAUUACACUUGAGGGAUCCAACUUCUGGAGAAGACGAGCACGAUUUGCGGGUUAGGACCAAAGGCUCAUCGGGAAGAUCAAAACAUGGGGAAGGGAAAGAUCUCAAAGCAGCAGCAGCAGCAGCCGAACCCAUGGACUGGCUCGACUACGGACAGCCUCUUGGAGGCAAGAAAGAAGCCACAAAUAACAAUAUCUACAGUAAUGGGAAGCACGAAUUUAGAGAACAAUCUAGUCUCUUGUCACUGAGUGACCGGGCAGUCAGUCACUCUGAAACCAUUCAUGACGAAACUUCAUCAAAUGGGAAUAAAGAUGACGAUGAUGACGACGAUGAUGAGUCGGAGGACAGGAUGGAUACGCAACAAUAUGAUCCAGAACGUCUCAAAGCAUUCAAUCUCUUUGUCCGAAUGUUUGUGGACGAAAAUUUGGAUAGGAUGGUUCCAAUUUCGAAGCAACCGAAAGAGAAAAUUCAAGCUAUUAUCGACUCUUGCACGCGACAGUUUCCAGAAUUUGCUGAACGGGCUCGAAAGCGGAUACGGACUUAUCUCAAGUCAUGCCGAAGGAACAAGAGAUCUCGAGAUGGAGGGUGGGAAUCGAGCCGCCCCACCCCUGCACAUCUCACGUCUGUACAAGCCGAACAAAUACUGGCUCAAGCGUGCGAGAAUGAGUCGUAUAAUGCUACCCUUAUGAGAAAAGGUUUGGAACCUGUUAGUCAACCUUUACCCAUAUUGAGUGAAAGUCGGAGCAGCAAGGAGAACGGACACCAUACAUCAAGCUCUUCCGACUCUUCAGAGAAGCAGAGGGAGAUCAGUAAGGGUCCUUCCCACACGACCACUAGUUCCAACAGCAGCAUUGCUGCCACAAUUGCAGCGGUGGCAUCCAACACCACAACCGUUAAUUCCCUCUCUCCAUCUUCAUCCUCAAUCACGGCGACGGUUUCCAACGAUCAGAAAAUAAAUCUGAGUCUUAAUGGCGCCACUGCUUCCAACGGAGAAAGUCUUGUUAAUCAGCUUGCAUCCUCGGUUUUGGGCAAAGGGUUGGAGAGGAGUCCACUCGUGGAUUACAGCCGAACGUUGAAUGGCAAUGGAGCAACGAGCAUGUAUCGACCGAACUUCAAUCAGACGUUCCAGCGACCAUCACCCUUUCCAAGUCUCUUCCCAACCGUGGCUGUUGCCUCCGCGACUGCCGCCGUUGUUGGUGCUUUGGGCAACUCUACCUUUCCUUCGAAUGUGUCGCCGCUGCCCCUCGCCAACGGUGACAUAGGACCCACAGACUUGAGCAUGAAAUCAAAACCGCUUUUGGCACAAAAACUGAGCACUACGGAUGUCACAACGGUUCGGCAGUUGAUAACUGGUUACCGAGAGUCUGCAGCGUUUUUGCAGCGAUCUGCGGACGAACUGGAGCAACUUCUCAUUCAGCAGCAUCAAAUAACCUGAGCAAACUUUCCCUCAACUUUCCCCGCUACUACUUGUUCUUCUUCCGUCGUAUUCUCACUACCAUCGUCAACGGGGAGUCACCACUUGGAAAGAGUGGCAGCCUGCAUGUUCACACGUCUCGUUUAUGUGCAAGCCUUAAUGGCUAUGAAUUAAAUUCCAUUUUGUUAUUGAAUUAUGUAUUAGUUAUCAAAUUUAACGUCACAUUGCAUAGAUUUAUACAUAUAUAUAUUUCAUAACUGUCGCUUUUACUAAUAAAAGUCUUCACAGUAGACGAUACAUACUUGUCGUAUUUGGUGUCCCCUGUAAAACGGAGAGGUUGCUUAAAUCCGUUAUUAUCCGAAUCGUAUGCCCAUCGUUGUUCUUCAGGUAUAUAACCGUUUCUAGAGCUAGUUUAGUCUCCAACCCUCUCGCGAAAGUAUUUUUGUGUGUAUUCUCUAGAUUAAAUCAAUUGCAUUGUAUCAGCUUUCGGGGAAUUUCACUCGUCUCAUCUUUAAAAAUACUACUGCCUUCUCUCGUAUGAACAUGUGUAUGUCUCAUGCAAAUUUCGAAUCACACGAUGAACUAAAAUAUUUCCAAACACGGGUCAGUUGAUGAGAUAGCAUUCCUAGGACUCUGAGUCCUGAGUACUUAGAAUUGAGAAUGGCAUAUUUGUAAUUUUUCAAAAAAUAUCUCAAUGUUAUGAUAAAUCCCUUAUUUGUUGAUAAAUAUAUGUAUGUCUAAAAACAAGGCAGAGGAUGUUAUUUAAAAAAAGUAGCAUAACAGUUCAAAACUUACCGUCAAUUCCCAUAAAUAUACUUAACAUGAUAUCAACAGCUUAGAUAUAUAUUCACUUUCAAUCCUAUUCAAGUACAUAAAUAUAUGUAAAUUAGAAGAAGUAGUCACGCCUCGAGUGCUAUAGUAUUUACUUUAAAAACACGUCGUCGUCGCAUAAAAUAUAUAUGUAUUAUUUUGCUUCAUGUUCUCAAUGUCGCAUGUUAUUGUUGACUACGUUCUAAAAAUAUCGGUAAAAAAUUAUAUCUGGACAAGCGAGGAAUUAACACUUUGUUGCUAUAAAUAGAUAAUUGCCCUGCCAAAGGGAAUUACAAAUGUGCUGUUUCGGAAUUAUUAUAAAAUUAAUUUUACUAGUUAAAUUAUACCAAAGAACAUGAUCAAACUAAAUGUCUGAAGUCGCAUCGUUUUUUAAAAAAAGAUAAUUUAUUUUAUAUUCAUGUUCCGGACUUUACAUUUUCUGGUUCAUCCCCAUCUACGUACAUACAGAAAGUAGUUCGUUGACGUAAUUUUACACUUGUAGAAUUUAUUAAACAUUACAUAUUGUAUGCACUGUUAGAAAAUGUUAGUUUACAAAGUUAUAAUAGCUUGAAAAAAUAAAAUGAAAACCAUUCAGCUUUA